AUGGCAAAUCAUAACCCGGAACAAUUAAAUAGAAUUUUAUCAGAAGAUGCUCAAGAUGACAUUGAUGAAGAUCCACAAAAUGAAGUAAUGGAUUAUCAACCAAUUGAAGAGGAUGUAAAAGGAAUGUGUAUUGAAUGUACCGAUCAACCUGCAACCAUUCAUUGUGAUCAAUGUAAUGAUGAUCUUUGUGAAGUUUGUGGUUAUUCAUUACACAGAAGAGGUGGAAGAAAGAAUCAUACUUUUAUAGAUUUAUCAUCCAAUACACCAAUUGCAAUGACUACAACUGGUGCAGCUAGACCAUUCUCAAAGCUUGGUAACUCUGCUGGUGGUAGUACAGCUCCAUUAAAUAUUAAUGGAGGAUCUUCUGGUUCUGCAGGAGAAGUUGAUCAAAGAAAGGUACAAAAGUUAUCAUCGUCUACCAGUUCAUCGUCAUCAUCUACAUCUUCUCGUUCUUCAAUUGGAUUAGGUGUAUUGGGAGGAUCGGUCAAUAGAUUACACAACUUUGAAAGUAGGGAUCCAUUGAAUCUUGGUGCUAGUGCCACCAACACCCUCAGUCCAUUUGAAAAGAAACAAUUAUUUGAUUUCAAUCAAAACAACAACAAUCAACAUCAUAGCUUCCAAGAAUUAAAUCCAAGAUAUAAAGAUGAAGAUGAAGAAGAAGAUGAUGAUGAAGAAGAUGAUAGAUAUAAUAAUGAUAAGAAUAAUAAUGGAGGAUAUAAACAAUUGGGAGGUGAAUGGUUUUCAGAACGUUCAAAAUAUAUUCCAAUUCGUUUAGAUAUGCAAGAAAGAAAUAUAUUACGUCUAUUGGAAGCUUCAUUACAUGUAUCCGAAUAUACUGAUAAGGUUGACAUUGCCGUAAACAAUAGAGCACGUAGAAUCAAUGAACAAUUACGUCAAAUUUGUGCUAUUCUUUGUGGUUUAUUAGUUGCCAGUGACUUUAAAAAAGGACAAGAAUUGGUAGAAAAGAAAGAGUUUUCAGAAAAUGAAGAAUUUUUCCAAAGAGUAUUUGAAAUUGGUAGAAGACACAAGAUUAUGAAUCCAUCAAAGAUGAGAUCAGAGUAUGGAAAGAUGAUUCAUUUGCUUCAAGAUUCAUCCAACGCUGAUGUUAGAAAUGCGUUGGGAUUGGAUAUGGUGACCGAGUUGAAAACGGUUCAUGUAGUAUUGGAGCGUUGCGGUGGUUUGGAGAUGUUGAACGAUCCAGAGAUGGAGACUGCCACUCGCGAGAUUUUGCCAGACGGCAAGGACAGAUACCAAAUCCAAGGUGAGAUUAAACGCAAGGAGCGUGCCAUCAAGAACCUCUCCAACCGUUACCAAUCGGCCACAUUGCACAAGGAUGUCAUUGAACAAUGCAUCUAUUCCAUCGGAGACAACCAUACCUUUUUAAGAGAGAAUCGUGAUAGUGUAAAGACAAUGAUGAAGUACUUGAAGCAGUCGUUUAAUCCCAAUGCCGAGGAACAGGGCUUCUCAUUGGCCAUUAUGCCCGGACAAGAGGGUGCACGUCUACGUCACUCUCACAGACAACAAUACAUGUAUGUCUACCAAUCACUUGUACUCUGGAAAAAGAUCCUCCACGACAUGUUCCGUUUGUGGUAUCUUGCCGAACAAGAUCUCUUGCAUGGCAGUUCGUACCAACUCAAAAACACUGGUCAGGGUUUGAACCGUGUGCAACAGGCACGUAAGAUCAAUGGUGCCAUGAACCGUAUCCUCUCAGACACCCAAGCCAAGCUCGGCGAGCACUGGAUUGGCUCGUCAGUCAUCCAUCUCGGUGACAAUAAUGUACCAAAUGCUCUGACAUUUAUCGACAAGUACACACAAAUCUCGCGUAUCCUCAACCCCAUUGUCAUCACCAUCCAGUACAUUCCCAAGAUCAAGGAUCCACAUCUCUGCCAAUACAUUCGUUCAUCGUUUGGUGGUCCAAACAGUCUCAUCAAGCUCAUCUUGACUGAUUUCUUCCGUCACGCUUUCGACGGUAGUGGUGCCGAUAACUUUUUCGAUGCCGGUUCUUGUAUCGAUGGUCGUCUUACCAGUGCUUGGAAUUGGUGUAGUAAAAUUGAAAAGAAAUCUUAUUAUCCUGUUUUCCUUUUAGCUGGUUUCUCUGGUUUUGAUGGUAGUUUUAAUUAA